CAUUAAGCUAUAAGUUAUCAUGGAACGAUCACUCGGUGAGAUCGGAUCACGCGCUGUCUGCAUGGAGGAAAACGAUACAGUUAACGAGUUUUACCGGUCACAAGGUCAGUUAUUAUAUAAGAUGGACUAAGAUGUGGGCCAAUUCUGUAGGCUAUGAAAAACAAACACAAGUCACUUCACAGAGCCUUGGCGGACGAUAUCUAAAACGAAAAAAAAGUUUUAGUGAAUAAGCGAUCGUUUCAAUGUUGAUCAUAAAUGUCAGCCAAGUGUCUUGUGAGCUGGUCUAAUAACUGUUUAAAUUAUUGAAUUAUUGUCAUUAGUGUUCUUACAAAAUCAAAGCCAUGGCUCAGUCACUUCAGUAUUUCUCCAGUUCAUCAGACAGCGAGUUUCAUGAUGAAAACUCUGAAGAUUUAUCUCACAGUGAACUAGAUGUGCUACCAAAUUACUUGACACAUGAUCCUCAGACGUGGAAAUCUAUUCAGCUGAGUUUUAACAACUUUACUGUGUUUCCAGAAGAGCUGGGCACGUUUGUCAAUCUUGUGAACAUCGACUUGAGCAAUAAUGGAUUAACUUACAUAAGUGAUAGUUUGCUGAAUUUGUCAGCACUUCAAAACUUCACUGCUAGAAACAAUCUAUUGGAUGGAUUGCCUAAAGAUUUUGGAACUAUGAGAACAUUGGAAACUGUGAACUUCAGUGGAAACAAGUUCAAAGAAUUUCCUAUGCAAUUAACCGAAUUAGAAAAUCUGAAAACUUUACACUUUGGUGCUAACCAGAUCUCAUACCUUCCAAAUGCAAUCGGGAAUAUGCGAAGUUUGGAAAUUUUGUACCUAGGAGGCAACAGCCUAACCGAGGUGCCAGCUACAGUGGGAAGUUUGAAUCACCUGACAGCAUUAGUAUUGUGUGAUAACCAGUUGAACAGUAUUCCACCAACAUUUGUGAACCUUAGAAAGCUGCAGUCUCUAAGUCUUCAUAACAACAAAAUUGCAACUCUUCCACCUGAGAUUGUGUCUUUAAAUCUAGUUGAACUUAGUUUACGGAACAACCCAUUAGUUGCUAGAUUUGUGCAAGAUUUAUCUUUUAAACCACCAUCAUUGUUGGAGUUGUCUGGUCGAGUAAUCAAAAUAGAAAGGGUACCCUACUCGGAGAAAGACCUACCAUCAAGGCUUAUCUGCUACUUGAACUCGGCACAGCAGUGUGUCAAUCCAAUGUGUAAAGGUGUGUUCUUCGAUUCAAAAGUAGAGCAAGUGAAAUUUGUGGACUUCUGUGGGAAAUAUCGUCUUCCACUUCUCCAGUACUUGUGUUCACCGGUCUGCUCCUACAAGCCAGCCUAUGCAGAAUCAGAUACUGAUAGUGAGGACUCUGCCAAAUCAAAACUCAAGAAAGUGCUCCUUGGUUAAGAUAUUCGAGAAGAAUGUAAUGCCAAUAUUAUUAUGUACUAUUACCAUAGUGUUUUUGGUAACGUAAUUAUUAAAACGUGAUUUAAAAUGUCUAAAAUCAUGUACAUGUAUGUGUGAUUAUCAACAGUGAGAUUAUCAACAAAAAUGGCUGGCACAGAUUGGAUAUUUAGGACAUUGUAUUGAAAAAUCUUUUGAUGGUUCUUUAAUGUUUAUUUAGGUAAAUACGAGUGAUUUGAUGCUCAAACCAGGGGUUUUUUUUACUAAGAAAGUGACGCCGAUAUUCGGCGUCUUCCCCUACCAGAAUUUUUCCCCUAAAAAUACCUUUACCCCUCCAAAAAUAUAUUUUUUCACCAAAAUAUAAUAUUUUACUCUCAAAGAAAUGUUCUUUUUCUUUUGGGAAGUCGACACUUAUCCAAUUUGUACCAUGUACAACGAUCUCGCUCUCUCUCUCCCGACGAACGCUCAAAUCUGGGAAUCCCAGUGAUUCUAUAUAUAGUUCUUAAAUUACGUCAUGGAAACCGGGCAACUAAUCGUAUUAAUCAUGUGACUAUUUUACUGGAUUCCGGUCUUGCGCUAGAAACGGUGUUUCGUAAAUUAAUUAUCGGAAACCAGUCGAAUUUUCAUCCGGGUUAUGUGAAAGCCAAGAUAUAAACGUUAAAACAGAAAAAAGUCUCACAAUUGGCGUUCAUACACGAACAAAAUAAAACGUUCGGACUCGGAAAAUAUCAAUUGCGUUGACGCAUUUUUUAAGAAUGAAUCAUCAAAAACCGUUGAAACCCAGCAGGAUUCGGAGGUACAUGUAAUCAACAUCGAUUAAUACUGUCGGAUUAUUGUGAAAGUGAAAGUGGACAAUCGGCAGCUGCCGCACCUUUCCCUUCCAAUACUGUAGCAGAUCUAGAUCGUCAAACCAUUCAUCAUGAAAUUGAAAUCAUAAUAUUGACAUCGUUCCCCGGCCACAGUUGAAAACAUUUCCCAUUACUAGAUCUACACCUGCAACUUUAUUUAGGACUUUGACUUAAAUAUCAUACUUGUUCAUGUGUUUAAGAACAAAAAGGUCAGAGACAUGCCUUUUUUUUUUUUUUAAAAACCCUGAAGUCUGUAGGUGAGUUAUAGACAUUGAAAUGAACAGUUUUUAUUUUUUCCCCAAAUAUGUCUCUUUCGCGCUCGAUUUUCCCCUUUUACCCAGCGUCCAGCGUCUUCCCCUUUUUCUAAAAAAAACACCUGCUCAAACAUACACACAAAAGCUCGCAAAUUUAAUAAUGCUCAUUUGAGAAUCAACAGAAACAUUUACAGUUGUGCGUAAUUAAAUUUAACAAUAAUUGGUUAAAGCGCAUUAUGAGUCAAAUAAAUGUUUUGACCAUAUUAUGCAUGAAAUGCACAAUAUUCACGAGGAUUACGCCUGGUUGCCCUUAGUCUUCUUAGUAAGUGGCAGACACUCUUGACAUGGCAUGCAUGAUUGUAAUGCAGGUAUUAUUGCCUAUGAGUGUUGUCCCUCAUUCUAAGCGUGCGCUCUCAUUGGCCAAUAUCUAUUUUCCAUUAAAACGACGAUCCGCCUUUAGGUGGGCUUUAGGUGGGUAAAGAGAUACAAGGUGUAAUUGACAGAGGAUCAUAAAUCGGAUCUAACAAUUUUCGGCGAAGUUGAUAUCACUUUGAUCUUAAGAAUGCCUAGUUGCAAUAUGAAAAAUACACACUGAUAAGAAAAUUUCAAGGGCCCCGCGGACUCUGAUUUCGACUUUCAAGCGCCCCAGCGAGGGACCGUUAAAUGGCCUGUGGAAAGCACUGAUAGUUUCAUACUAUAUAUGUCAUGUCAAGUUGUCAGUAUUACUUUUGUUCAUUAAAAUCUAUAUUUGCGAAUAAAUAUUCGUAUUCGCCACCCUGUAUUCGUGAUACGUAUCGUAUUCGUCACCUAGUGUAUUCAUUACAGCCCUAAUCGGUAUAGCUUAAGUCAAUCCCUGAACACUAAAAGUCGCCUGGGUUGUUCAAUCUUCAUGCAACUUGACCAGAAUCUUUGUUCUAAUGAUAAAUCUGCUUUGUUGGAAAAAGGCUCCAGUCCACUGGGAAACAUGGCAGCAAGGAGGCGGGAAGUUUUCCUUAUAUGGUGAAACCUUGUGAAUACUUUUUAACUCAAAUUUCUUGUCUAAUUUCAUGAAACUUGCUUCCUGAAACUUGCUCAAACCAACUGUUCUAAUGAUUUCUUUUCCGAGUUCGAAAAUGAUUUUUUUCUCCAUUUAAACAUUAAACACUUACAAACGUACUUUGACGCAUUUAGUCCCUUCGACUGUUACAGACCUUUCUUACUAGAUUAAAAUUUUACAUGCUUCAUUUCCGACCCUUAGAUACUGAUGAACGGUUAACAGCAUAAAACCUGAAGUUGGUUGAACAGACUGCGAGUUAUUCGCAGGGUGUUAUGGUUUUAUGCUGUUUGCACAAAGCCAUUUGCACUUUGCUUCUGAGUGGGAAAGGGUUAAAUACAACACCAUAAGGGUGCAGGGCAUUUUUCCUUAUAUGGCUAUCUAGAAACCUUGUAGAAACUCCUUUGUCACAUUCUUUUGUUGAUUUUCAUGAACCUUGCUUAGACUUUUGUUUUAAUGAUAUCUUAGUCUGGUUUGAAAUUGUUUAUUGUCCAUGCAAGGCAGGUUUCCUUCUGUGGCUAUAGUGAAACCUUGUGAGCACUUUAGAAGUCACAUGUUUUUGCCAAAUCAGCAUGAAACUAUCAAAAUAUUUAAUGAUAUCUCAGCAGAGUUCUCAAAUAGUUUCUAGGUGAAAAGCAAGGUCCGAAUACACAUUAACUAGUCUAUACAUACAAGCAUCGCAGAAGUUGCUUCAAACAGUUAAGAUACUUGGGUUGGUUUCUAUGGCAUUGUUUACCCAUGGCACAUGGGGAAAGGCUAUCAGAACGUACACAUGUAUGUUAAACAAUGAUUUAUUAAGGGUGCUAGUAUGUGGAGCUUUGAAAUCAUUGUCUUUCCGGCAAAAUGCACGGGUGAAAUAUUUCAGUAUUUUUGAAUAUUUGUCCUAGAUUAUUAUAUCCUAGUAGUAACAACCACGUAGAUUAAGUAGAUUCAAAACUUGAUUUGUUACAUUUAAAUGACUAAUAUUUAUAUGUUUGCAGAUGAAAAUGCAUUUGCAUUUUUGCAGUGUACAUAGCAAGAUUGUAAGCUUUUAGUUUAUAUUGUCUUAUUCUGUAAGGACAUUUUAAUUUUAAAAGAUUAAGCCCAAGUUGAAGAAAGAGUUUUUGAAAAGUCUGUCAUCUGAUUUUUUUUCCAAUUAUUUACUUGGACAUGCUAUUGGAGUUUAAUGUCAUUAAAUUAAUGAGUGUUUAACAAUGUAUUGCCAAUGCCAUGUAACGAGGCUUAAUAUUUAUACAUAUGUUGAUUCAUAAAGAAAUGCAUCAUUUGUAUAUUUUUGUACCAGAGCUGAGAGCUGUUUAGCCCUUUUUGUUCGAAGUGUAACAGUCUUCUUUAAAUGGGUUAAUACUGUAGGUGUUACCUGGUACAUUUCUGGUUUGGGCUUUAAUUUAAUAUUCAGUUUUUUUUAUAGCUUUUUUUAAUAUUCAUCAAUUUUUGUUUAUGUUGAAGACUUUACUUAUUACAAAAAUCACAACCUAUCAAUUAAAAUUUUUAUUUUAAAGAUUAUGAUUCAAAAUAAUUUUGUCAUACACCUGUUAUCAGUUGAGGUGUAAAGAAAAUGUUUGUCAUCUGGUAAAUUUCUUACAUGUACCAAAGAUGAUAAAUAUGAAAUGCAUUUUGUUUUACAAAAACAAAUUUAUACUGUCAUUAACUUGAAAAUGUUGUGCUAAGAUGUAAGAUGCUAUUUAAAUGCCCAACUGUAAGUUUGCUUAAUGUUUAUAAAAAUUUGAAAUGACAGGAACAUUGAUGCAACUUAAUACGUGUCUAGUCAUUUGUUUUAGGAAAUGAAUUACUGAAUAUUAUACUAUGUUACUUAAUGUCACUAUUGGUUACGUUAUUUAAACUCCAAUAAAUUAUUAAAGAAAACA